AUGCUGCGCCGUAGCGUCUGCGCAUGGGAGAAGUUGGUGAUUGUCGAGUCACCCAACAAAGUCAUCAAGGUGGAAGGGUUGCUCAGCAACCCACGCGUUAUUCCCGACUGGUCCUUCGGCAAACCGAAUCUGAAGCCCAUCAGCACCGGUGCGGAGAGAGCAAUCGCCAUGGCCACCACCGGUCAUUUCAUGUCCCUUCGCGAGCUGACCUGGACGCCGCAGUCACUGGGCACCGUGCAGUCCGCAAGCAAGGACUUCCCUGCCAACGGCGUUCUGUCCAGUUUUUCGCUCGAGUGGGAGCUCAUUCCCGGCCGCCGCAUCCGCGACACGGUGUCGCACUACAUCGAAGAAAAGGCAGACAACUUAACGGAGAUCAUCGUCGCGACCGAUCCGGAUCGCGAAGGGGAGUUAAUCGCGGUGCACGCGCAAAACCUAAUUCGUCGCAUGUUUCCAGAUCUCAAAGUGCCGUUUACGCGAGCCUACAUGCACAGCAUCACCGAAGACGGCAUUCGGCGUGCCAUGGAAGAGCGCCACGAGGCGUUCGACUACCAUCUGGCGAACGCCGCGGAGGCUCGACACGCGAUGGACCGCAUUUUCGGCUUCCUGGGCAGCUCUGUAGUGCGCUACGCCAACCCGCAGAUGCGCUCCAUCGGCCGCGUUCAAACGCCGGCGCUCAUCCUCAUUAACGACCGCGAGGCGAAAAUAAAGAACUUCUUGGACUCGCACGGCUCGACGUACGACGUGCAGGCGAUGUGUCACUUCAACUCGAGGCAGAAUCAGCGCUUCUCGCAGAUUGUAAAGGUUGUGCCGGCGCAGAAGGGGGGAGGCAGCCGGGGGUCCGCGAGUGACGUGGACUGGAAAGAUAAAGCGGCCGUCACGCGGCAGUGCGAGAAGUGGGGGCUGCGCGCCGCGAGUGAGUUCCGCGUAUCAGUGGGCUGCAAACCGCAAGAGAACGUGACAGCCCCGCCGCAGCCCUUCACGAUGGCAACGCUGAUAUCGAAAGCAAACCGCCAAUUGCACUACAGCAGCGACAUGGUCAGCUCCUGCUUGCAGGAUUUGUUUCAGAUGGGUUUUAUCACCUACCCGCGCACGGACAGCACCCGCAUUGAUGAAUCGGUACUACCGUCGAUCUACAGCGCUAUCCGAAAAGAGCACGGUAAGAGGCUACUGCAGGAACAAGACGGAAGUGCCGUAGCAAAGCCCGGCUCUCAGCGGUCCAGCAAUAACAAGACAGACAGCAACGAUACCAGUGCGGAGGCUGGAAACGUCGAGGAUGCGCACGAGGCGAUCCGACCUACGGACAUCGCCACGAAGGUGGAAGACCUCGGCUCUGUUUCGACCUCGAUGAAGAACAUCUACGAUUUGGUGCGACGUAACACGUUGGCGGCCUUCAUGAUACCCAUGCGGACGGAGCGGGUGACGGUCCCUAUCACCUGCAAAGCGAGCAACGGCGAGGAGGUAGAGUUUCAGCUUCAAGGGAAGCACGUGGUGGAGCCGGGCUGGACCGCCGCCUUCCGCGUGCGUAACAGUAACAAGGCAAGUGAAAGUGCAGGUGCGGCGGCACAGCAUGACACAGAAACGGACCAGGACGUGCGUGCCAUCGAGGAUGGCGCGGCGGUGAUGCCGAACAUGUCCGACGAUGAGUUCGCCGCUAUCAUGGACGUCGCCUCACGCCGCAACAGCAGCAGCAGCAGUAAUCACCUCCGUUUAGAAUCGGCGCAGGUGGUGGAGAACAAGCCGCUUCCGCCGCUGCCGUACUCGGAGGGAGGUUUAAUCGAGCAGCUGCGCAGCAACGGCGUGGGCCGGCCGAGCACGUACCCGAUGAUCGUCAAGACGCUGCUCGCGCGCAACUACAUCACGGUGACCCGCGGUCGGUGUGAGACAACGCCAGUCGGCCGCAUGUUGGUUGAGACGUCGCGUGCCACCUUCCCCUCCAUCGUCGACAUCGGCUUCACCGCUGCGUUUGAGAAGAAGUUGGACCGCAUCGCGAAGCCGGAAAGCGGCGGUUCGACUGAGGACGACGACGCGAUGCGGUGGAAUUUGCCCAAGUCUAUUUCCGAGGCGGACUUUGUGCUGUCCAGCUUCAUAUCUAUUUUUCUAAACUACGUUACAGAAGCCACGAAGGCGAAGCGGGCCGCCAUCAGCACGCGCUCCCUCACACUGCAGCACGAGAAGCUUCACAGCAGCAGCAGCAAUUCCGUUGAUGCUCCUGCGUUUGCACCGACUGCUGGCGCUUCAGCGUUGUCGAACGCUUCCAGCAGUGCCGAGGAGAACUUCAAAUCGGAUUUAGAGCGAGAAACGAAGCGGGUGACGGCGCAGGUGCCGGACUUGGUAGAAAACAUGAAAAUGUAUCGCACCUUCACCGCGUUGCAAAACAGCCUGAACGACUACCUGCGUCGCAACUUCCCGGCGUCGUCGACGUGGUCGAACACGACGAUAGCCAACGCACGCACCGCCAGCAGCAGCAGCAACUACAGCAGGAAUAGCAGCAGCUACAGCAGCAAGAGUAGCACUACCGGCCUCAAAAAGGCGUACACGAAGAAGCCGAAGGCGGAGAAGAAGAAGCCGCGUCGCUUCCAAGAAAAGAAGAAAUAG